UGGAGAGUGUUAGGCGAUGUCGUGGAGGAUCUAUCUGAGGGCUCAGUGAGGGACCAGCUUUGCUGCCUAAAAAGCAGAGCUACUGGAUUUAAGCCUUUGGGAUCAGCUGUUAUGAAGGGUGACUUGGAAUUCCAGGUGCAUUUCUCUGCUGCAGCACCCUGCUGUGAGACCUUCAAGAGCCGGGAUUGUCUAUUGCUUUGUCCUUUCAGGGACUUUUUAUAGGGGGUUGUUCCUGGUGGCCUUGGUGCUUUGUCUAUAACUGAUGAGCCUCUUCACUCAGCCCAUGGGCCUCCUCCCUUGAAGUGAAACAAAGAGGCGCAAGAGAGAGAGAGAGGGAGGGCAGCUCACCUCACCAUGGUGCUGCCGCCGCCUGACAAGCGCCACGUGUGUCUGACCACCAUUGUCAUCAUGACCAGCAUGGCCUUCAUGGAUGCCUACCUGGUGGAGCAGAACCAAGGGCCACGGAAGAUUGGCGUCUGCAUCAUUGUCCUGGUGGGAGACAUCUGCUUCCUCAUUGUGCUGCGCUAUGUGGCAGUAUGGGUGGGGGCUGAGGUGAAAACAGCCAAGCGGGGCUACGCCAUGAUCCUGUGGUUUCUCUACAUCUUCGUGCUGGAGAUUAAGCUGUAUUUUAUAUUUCAGAAUUACAAAGCAGACAAGAAGAAUCUGGAGACAGUGGCCAGGAAGGCUUUGACCUUGCUCCUGUCCAUCUGUGUGCCAGGGCUCUACCUGGUGCUGGUGGCCUUAGACAGCAUGGAGUACAUACGAACCUUCAGGAAGAAGGAGGAUCUGCGGGGACGCCUCUUCUGGGUGGCCCUGGACCUGCUGGAUAUAUUAGAUAUUCAGGCCAACCUAUGGGAACCACAUAAGACUGGGCUUCCCAUCUGGGCAGAAGGGCUCAUGUUCUUCUAUUGUUACAUACUGCUCUUGAUCCUGCCUUGUGUCUCUCUUAGUGAGAUUAGCAUGCAAGGGGAGCACAUUGCUCCGCAGAAAAUGAUGCUCUACCCUGUGCUGAGCCUGGUCACCAUCAACAUUGUCACCAUAUUCAUCCGGGCCAUUAACAUGGUCUUGUUCCAGGACAGCAGGGUCUCCACUAUCUUUAUUGGCAAGAACAUCAUUGCUAUAGCCACCAAGGCAUGCACUUUCUUAGAGUAUAAGAAACAGGUGAAAGAAUUCCCCCAGAAUGCUAUUGCCCUGGAGCUCCAGCAGAACUCAAUCUCUCACAAUCAGACUAUCCACAGUACACAGGGAAUUUCUCAUGAGCAGUCACCCACUAGGGAAAUUCUAGAUACAUGACGGAUCACCUCCGGACAUCAGCAUUGGCUUGCAUUGCAUUGGGGAGUGUAGGGAGGUGAGAAGCUGCUCUCCCAUUGUAUGGGGCAUGUGUGAUGGACAAGUCCCAGCAAGGAGAGCUCUCCCAGGCACAAAACACUUACCAUGUUUUAAUCAAACUAUGGAGUGUUUCCUAGACCUCUUCAUCUCAGGUAUAGCCCUAGGAAUUCUCCAGAAUAACCAAAUGAACUUGCAAAGGACCUGAACCAGCUACGCCCUCUGUUUUCCUUCCACCCACUCCUCCCCUGCCCA